AUGCCUGCACCCAUCGACCCCGAAUCCAUCUACACCAAGCAAACAUGCAUAGGUGGCGGAAGCUUCGGCAGGGUCUACAAAGGUGUUGAUCGAAGGACUGGAGAAUCGGUAGCCAUCAAAGUCAUCGAUGUCGAAAAUGCCGAAGACGAAGUAGACGACAUUAUUCAGGAGAUUGCGAUCCUGUCCGAGCUGAAAUCUCCAUAUGUCACAAAAUACCAUGGCUCUUACUUGAAGGGCUCGCAUUUAUGGAUCAUCAUGGAGUUCUGCUCUGGUGGUAGUUGCCAUGGGCUUUUGCGUCCAGGCGUUAUCCAUGAGGAGUAUAUUGCGAUCAUCUUACGAGAACUUUUGCGGGGCUUGGAUUACCUCCACAGUGACCAUAAGCUCCAUCGCGAUAUCAAAGCUGCGAACAUUUUGCUGAGCGCGAGUGGUCAGGUCAAAUUGGCCGAUUUUGGCGUAUCUGGACAGUUGUCAGCAACAAUGACCAAGAAGAACACUUUUGUUGGAACACCUUUUUGGAUGGCACCUGAAGUCAUCAAGCAGUCCGGGUAUGACUACAAAGCGGACAUCUGGUCUCUGGGAAUCACGGCUAUUGAGUUGGCCUGUGGAGAUCCGCCUUACGCAGACAUUCACCCGAUGAAGGUGUUAUUUUUGAUUCCGAAGAACCCUCCUCCAACUCUCAAUGGCAACUUCAGCAAAUUAUUCAAGCAAUUUGUCGAAUUAUGCUUGCGCCGAGACCCAAAGGAACGGCCUUCUGCCAAAGAAUUGCUGGAGCAUCCGUUCAUCAAGCGAGCCAAGAGGACGACAUACCUAACGGAGUUGAUUGAGCGCGCCGAACGCUGGCAAGCAACCCACCGUGGUCAAGGAGACGAUGAAGAUGACUAUGAUGAAAUCCAGGAGCCGGUGCAUGCGCAACCAGAGGACCAUGAAGAUCUGUGGGACUUCGGCACGGUUCGCCCUGUUGGAAGACCGGGGGCUGGACCAGUAUUAAGACCUCUGAAUGCUUCCGAUACAAAUUCUCGUAGCCAAGAGACAGAAGAGUGGGACUUGCAAGAAGAGACCAAACAAACUCCAAAAGUUCGUUCCCCACAGCCUCAACCGCACACGGUGAAGCCUCCUCUGAAUGCGUCUCCUUCAAAAACUCCUCUUCCUCCAUCUGCCCCAGCUUCACCAACUAAAGUCGUCCUUCCUCAACCCGUGCCCUCUCCUUCACGCAAACCUCGCUCUCCCGUGGCUGCAGAAGUCCCGGAAAAGAACUCACCAUACAAUGAACGCUACGCGCAGGCAGUGAUGGACUACGCAAGCGGUCCAAGCAACAACUCGCCCGCUGGCUCCUCUAACAGCAGUUCAAGCUCUACAAAGCCCGAGCAAUCUUCCAGCCCAGGUCAGGCCUCUCGCAAGCUUCCACCUCUCCAGCCUGUACCUCUCCAGCUACCCUUCCAACGCCCUCUUCCUGAGACCCCCGCCAGCCCAUCUCAAGCUCACAUCCCUCAAUACGGUCUCCAGAAGCAACUCGAUGGUUCUCCAAAGCCAAGCCCAGGCCUCAAGUCCAAGCUCGCGCCUAGCAGACUAGAAAAGCAUGAACGUCGCAUUUCUAGGCAAAAUACCCCGUCUCAGAGCACUCUGACAGACGAAUUCCCCAAGCUCCCUACUCAGCCCAAGAGUCCAACUGCCAACGACCGUGCGACGGCUUAUGGCUCCGUCAUCGUCCCCGCCCUCCGAGCAGCGAUGAACCGACGAGGCCGAAGCCUCGCUCGUCUGGACCCGUCACGCAAUCCAGCCAAAGCAACCCUAGAAGAGGAAAAACAAUGGGAACGAAGCGUCAAAAUUCAUCGCGGCAUGGAGAACAUUACUGACGAAAUCGCACGAUCUUUCACGAACCUCCACCGCUGGGAUAUGGAAUCUCCCGUACAAUUGGGCGGGGGUGUAGAUGCGGUUCUCGACGCAUUUCUCGAGGAAAUACUCGUUCGUCUGCAACCGUCGGCGCCCUCUGACUCGACCUGA